AUGCUCUUCAAGCUUCCUUCCCUGGCUAUCCAGCUCCUCGCAGCUGCGGCGUACGUCUCUGCUCUUCCCACUGGGCUCGAGAAGCGAGCAGUCAUCGACCACGAUGCAGUCGUUGGCUUCCCUGAAACCGUGCCGUCUGGUAUUGUAGGAACCUUGAUGCUAAAGUACAAGCCGUACUUGGAGGUCUUCAAUGGCUGUGUUCCAUUCCCUGCCGUUGACUCUGCAGGAAAUACUGGUGGCGGACUCGCAACAACGGGUAGCUCAAAUGGUGACUGUUCUUCUUCCACUGGCCAAGUAUACGCUCGUGCCGGCACGUACAGUGGCAAAUUCGGCUUCAUGUACAGCUGGUACAUGCCCAAGGACUCUCCCUCAGCCGGUCUCGGCCACCGCCACGAUUGGGAGAACAUUGUCGUCUGGCUUUCUGCUGAAUCUACAUCUGCUAAUGUCACUGGUGUGGCUAUCUCUGCCCAUGGAGGCUACCAGAAAGAAGCCUCCCCGCCCUUCCAGGGUACUAGCCCGAAAAUCGGAUACAUCAGCUACUACCCGGUCAACCACCAGCUGAUUUCUACGAGCACCCUUGGCGGUCAGCAGCCGCUCAUUGCUUGGGAGAGCAUGACUGCUGCAGCGAGGACGGCUAUCGAGAACACUGACUUCGGCGCGGCCACACCUAGCUUCAGGGACAGUAACUUCCAAAGCUACCUUGCUGAUGCUUACUUCUGA